CGUGAGCAUCGUAGCAUUGUGGCGUCCUUUAUGAAUUAGCUUUUCGUGAAAAACAACGUUAUUUCUAGAAUUCAUUCAAUUUAUAAAAAAUAUAAUGAUCGCUCAAAAUCAAGUUUGGAUUUUGGACAGAAUAUUUUGGUAUCGUAUAAUUGAAGUGUUCAAGAAUAUUUUCAUACGAGUAGAAGCAUUUUUUGCUUUUACGCAAUGCGGUGCUGAAUUACAGGAUAAAAAAAAAGCCACGUUAUUUGUUUUUGCGCCUGACAAUAUGCAACUACUUAUACACAGCUGUAAUUCAACAAUGAACUUCUUUUUUCUCCUUCAAAAUCAAUAUUUUUCACAACAUUUGGAAAAGGAAUUACACAAAACAUCGUACUACAUUAAACGAAUCGUACGACCCCAUUACGUCGCGGUUAUAACUAAUAACAAUGCGAUUAAUCAGUUCUCCUUAGCAAACAAUAAUUUCAAUAUGCCUUAUGCCGUAUGGCUUGUAUUAUUCAUUUACAAGGGACAUAAUUUCGAUUAUUGUUACAAUCCACCGGGUAAUAUAUUUCAUUUGGAAUUUAACACGGAAAUGUUGGUCCGUUGCGGUACAGAAAAUAUUUUACGUGAAUGGUAUUCGAUCUAUAAGAAUCGAACGGAGAUCAAUGAUUUUGCACAUUGGAGUUUGGAGAAAGGAAUCGUUAAAAUGGUUUCAGAUUCUCUUUACGAUAGAAGAUACAGUUUACAGGGUUUGGUUAUGAGAACUGUUAUAGUUAAGGAUUCACCGUUCAUAAACUUAAAUGAGAAUGGCCAAUUGGACGGCAUGUUUGGUAGAAUAUUAACAGAACUUUGUGUGACAUUAAAUUGUAGUUUCAAAAUUGUUUCCGAAGUAAACGAGCAUGGAAGUUGGAAUGCAAAAAAAAAUACUUGGUCCGGAGCAAUCGGGGAAUUAUACGUCGGACGUGCUGAUAUUUCUAUUUCAGAUUUUUCUAUGACAAGUGCCAGAUUGAAUGUCGUUGACUUCACGUUUCCUCUUUUGCUAUCAAAAAAUUUUCUAUAUAUUAAAGAACCAAAGAUAUUCGCGAUUAAAUGGUCAUCUUAUUUUCUGACUUUCUCUCAUUCCAUUUGGAUUGCUAUUUUUGGAUUAUUAGUUUUUACAACGGUCUUAUUAAUUUUUCUGAAAAUAAAAAAUCAAACCGAUCGUAAUAUUGGACACUUAUUAUCGGACAAUUUUUUAGAAAUUUGGGGUAUAUUUUGUCAACAGGGACUCCCAGGUUUGAUAAAAUAUUACACGAUAUUCGAUCAAUAUAAUACUCUUUUUUUAAUAAUUAUACUUAGAGAAAAAUAUAACUUUUGGAUUUUAGACUUUCCACAGAGAUUAUCGUUAAGAAUAACAUACUUCUCUAUAUUUCUUUUGGCCGUGAUCUUAUCGGCCGCUUAUUCUGCUGCUUUGAUAAGCUUUUUAACGUCCGUUAUCCAUGUCUUACCUUUUCGAUCAUUAGAGAAUUUCGUUGAAGAUGAUUCUUAUCAAUUUAUUGUUAUUCGCGGUACGGCUGACUACGAUAUAUUUGCAAAUUCGGCAGAUCCACUUGCGAAGACAUUAAUGAAGUUAAUGCCAGAAGAGGAAAAGUUACCAAUAACUGUAUUAGAAGGAUUUAGAAGUAUUUGUAAAAAUCGGAAACAAGCGAUCUAUACAUCCGACGAAAUAAAAAAGGUUUUAAAUUUUAAAAUACCAUGUAAUGUGGUUUCUAUUGAAACAGGACGUAUAGACAGUUUAUCUAUUAUUUUAUCUAAGCAUAAUCCAUUCAUCGGUAUCAUCAAUUUUCACUUGCAGAAAUUUUUCAACAAUGGAAUAAUGAAUCGUUUAAAAGAUGUGACAUUUAAAAAGAAUUUUAACGAUAUGAUGCAGCAGCAACCAGUUCAGAUAGUCAGUAUUAUAUCGCCUAUUUUUCUCAUAUUAAUUGGUAUUAUUUUGAGUAUAUUCAUUUUAAUCAUAGAAAAGUAUAUUUUCAUUCGUAAAAAGAAAAAAAUGUCGAUGGUAAAACGUAUAUCGUUGUUUAAUUCGUUAGAAUUUUAUAUAGAAAGGAAGAAAACUUUAAAAAAUAUUGCAAAAGACAAAAGAAAUCGCAGAUGUACCCGCGUGAAUUACUCAUGACAAUAUUAAUUUCCCGUUUGUCAAUGAAUAUUAUUAUUCCGAUUGUAAUUUCUUAUAUGGAACACAUACGCAGACACAAAUAUACGCAUAUCUAUGUUUUUGUAUUAUUUGACACAGUUUUAAAAUUGUAAAUAGAAUUUUUUCAAUACAAAAGUGUGACAAAUAUAUAUAUAUUAUUUGCCGAAGGCAAAUGUAUGCAUAGUUUUUCAUUCUUUCGAAGUGUAUCUCUCUCGUAGUCGAAAUAACAACAGAAAAAAAAAAGAAAAAAAAACAAAGAAAAAAGAAAUUAUAUUCAUCAUUUUUAUGUACGAAUCGUGACAGGCCGUUAUUAUUGAAUAAUGAAAUUUUUCAAUAAACGUAUCUUUUUUAUUUUUUCAAUAUAGAACAAAAUCAAAAAUUUUGCACGUAUCAACGUGAUAGAAAUCGUAAUGUAA